UUCAAGAUGAGGACUAUUAGUGGAGGGAAGUUUAUUCUCUGUCUCCACUGUCUAUUUUAGCAAACAAAGAGAUCAAAACUGUUUUUGAGUAGGAAACACUAUGAGCUGCAAAAAUCAAAACUUCUCUGGUUUCUUGAUUCUAAUCAAGCUGUUGUUGUUAUUCUUGGUGAUCUUUUAUUCUGCAGUUCUCCAUGCUUCAAGCUCUUGUCUAACUGAAUGCGGAGGAGUCCAAAUCCAAUACCCUUUUGGAACCGGAAGUAGCUGCUACCUGGAGAAGGCUUACAACAUCGACUGUCGUCGCAAUACGUCAAGAAAGCUCGUCCCUUUCCUCUCUAUAAAUGGCCAAGAAGUAGAAGUUGUGAAUAUCUCUCUUCCGUAUGAAAAUGGUAUUUAUGAUUCUCUGUCAUUCGCGUCAGUUCGUAUCAGAUUCCCGAUCAUAUCAACAGGAUGUUCAGCGGGAGGAAAUGAUUCAGUGGGAUCAGAUCUGAACUUGAAGGGUACCCCAUUUUUCGUUCACGGUAAAAACAGACUUGUAGCGGCUGGUUGCAACAGCAAAGUGUUCUUGACACAUAUAAGCCCCAACAUGGUGGGAUGCGAGUUGAAUUGCAGUUUGUCCACAGAGCCAAGUAGAGAUAGCAUCCCUUUUUUCAACACUGUAGGGUGCUCGAACACCAACGGUUGUACAGAGAACAGACAGGAAGAAACAGGAUGCGAUGGUAACGGAUGUUGUCAGACGAGUCUACCUGACGAGCCUAGACAAGUUAUUGGUAUCAGAAUAGAGAGCAAAGAUGAUGUAAGCUCAAGGACAACGAGAGAAGACCCUUGUAGGGUUGCCUUCUUAACAGAUGAACUGUACACUUUGGCGAAUGCGAUAGUGCCAAGAGAGUUAUUUGCUAAGAGAUAUGCUACACUUAGCCUAGGAUGGGUAAUACAAACGAAGAAUCAUUGGUUCCUCAACUCCUUGGUCAGUAAACCUGAAAAUUAUUGUUAUUACGAUGGAAGCAACAUUUCUGAGAGCAGUUAUGCAAGUUGUGGAUGCAACAGUGGUUACAACGGUAACCCAUAUGAUUCGGUUGGAUGCAGAGAUGUUGAUGAAUGUAGCAUCACACCCGACAACUGUAUAGAAACAGCUAAAUGUGAGAACUAUCCUGGAGGCUAUCGCUGCGUGGGUGACGGCAAGACUAAAGCAAUAAUUAUAGGUGCGAGUACAGGUUUUGGCAUCUUAAUCGUAGCUGGUGGAGUAUGGUGGUUGAGAAAAUUUAUAAUAAAGAGAAGGGUGACAAAGAGGCAGAAGAAGUUCUUCAAACGUAAUGGAGGGCUACUGUUGCAACAAGAGCUAAGCACGAGAGAACAGAAUGUUGAAACAACAAGGAUAUUCAGCUCAAGAGAGUUGGAGAAAGCCACCGAAAACUUCAGCGAAAACAGAGUUCUCGGACAGGGAGGUCAAGGCACUGUGUACAAAGGUAUGCUUGUCGAUGGUAGUACCGUUGCAGUGAAGAAAUCCAAAGUUAUAGAUGAAGACAAACUACAAGAGUUCAUCAACGAGGUGGUGAUUCUCUCUCAGAUCAACCAUAGACACAUAGUCAAACUAUUGGGAUGUUGUCUUGAGACAGAAGUUCCUAUUUUAGUUUACGAAUUUAUCCUCAACGGAAACCUUUUCAAGCAUAUCCAUGAAGAGUCUGAUGAUGAUUACACUAUGAACUGGGGAAUGCGUCUACGCAUAGCUGUGGACGUGGCAGGAGCUCUCUCUUAUCUUCACUCUUCAGCAAGUUCUCCGAUUUAUCACAGAGAUGUCAAGUCAACAAACAUACUACUAGACGAGAAGCACCGAGCCAAGGUGGCUGAUUUUGGAACAUCAAGGUCAGUUACAAUAGAUCAAACUCAUUGGACAACUGUUGUUUCGGGUACGGUUGGUUAUGUAGAUCCAGAGUAUUACCGGUCCAGCCAAUACACAGACAAGAGUGAUGUUUACAGCUUUGGAGUCGUACUAGCGGAACUUAUUACUGGAGAUAAGCCUGUCAUAAAAGUACAAAACACUCAAGAAAUAAUAAGCUUGGCAGAGCAUUUCAGACUCGCCAUGAAAGAAGAGAGGCUUUCGGAUAUUAUGGAUGCUCGAAUAAAAGAUGAUUGCAAACCGGAACAAGUAACUGCAGUGGCAAAUCUGGCGGUGAAGUGUUUGAGCUCCAAAGGAAAGAAACGGCCAAAUAUGAGACAAGUUUUUAUGGAGUUGGAGAGAAUUUGUACUGCUCCAGAGGAUUCACAGGUGCAGCAAAUUCACAUUGAUGAAGAAGAUGAAGAGGAGGAAGAUGAAGAAGAAAGAAAUUUUAUAAACAAGGGGGAUUCUUGGAGCGUUGGCGUGACUGCUCCUGCCUUUAGUAUUGAUACUUCACCUUCUUCUUCAGAUGCUGAACCACUGUUUUCUCGUUUGACAUGGUGACUCAAACAGACUGUAAUAAAGGUGAAUAUAUUUGAUAUUCUUGUGAAAAUGUACGAGUAGUAAGAGUGGUAAGUCUGUAAGUUGUGGCUCUGAAUUUUCGCUUUAGAUUUAAAACAUUGUCUCUGUAUUUAUGUGUGUUUGAGGUUAUGUAUUUGUAAUUUAUGGUUAACAUUUAGUUGUUUGUAUUUGUUUCUUAACUUUGAUGGCAUACAAUUUACUCGUUGUAAUUUAUGGUUGACAUUUAGUUGUUUGUAUUUGUUUCUUAAC